AUUUACAAUUUAUCGAUAUCCUUUUUUACAAUUUAUCUACAACUACAAGUUGAGUUUAUUAAUGAUCUAAUGGUUGUUUCUUUUCAAAAUAUAACUAAAACCCUUACAAAAAUGUCUGUUCUCUUAGACUCAAACAUGGUUUUUUCUUUUCUUUUUUUCUUAUACAUACAAGUCUACCCUGGAGAGAUCAUGGAUGCAAAUGAAUAUGGUUGCAAUCAAGAGCAAGGAGGAAAAGUACUUUAUCAACAAUUGCUUGAGCUUUAGAAUAAUGUUUCACAGAGAUCAUGAGACUGACUCUGCUCAAAUUGACAGGUUUGAGGUUUCUGCAAACAGGACUAAAGUAGAAGCUAAGGGUGUGGAUUUCUUAAUUAUUGAACCCUCCUUCCAAUCCACAAGUGAGGAGAAGAAGGUGAAUGAGUUUCAAACGAUUAUUGAAGCAAUUGGAGUAGAAGAAGUAGAAUGCUUGAGGAGGUUCAGAGGGAGGGAGUUCAGAUCCCCAACUUUGUUUGAGGAUAUGGUCAAAUGCAUUCUCCUUUGUAACCACCAAAUCCAUCUGGUGGCUUAUGGCUUUCAAAACGGCCAGCAGGGGAAACAGGGAUGAGUGAGCAAGGGAAUCAAUUGGGUUAGCUAGGGUUCAUAAUCAAUGAGAAGGCAGAAAAGAGAAGACAAUAAAGAGAGGAAAUCGGGCAACUAAACUUGCUAGAACUCUAGUCAACUGUCACAUAUGAGUGGAGGAGAUCUGGAGUAUUAGCAUUUUCUGAAGGAGAGAGCAUUUUGACAUGGAUUGGCACAACCGAAGGUGGAAAGGGAACUAUGUACGAGGGUUUUUCAUACAAACUUUCUCUGCUAUUCCCAUUGGAUUUCCCUUUCAAGCCACCUCAAGUCAGGUUUGAAACCAUGUGCUUCCGUCCAAAUGUUGAUCAGUUUGGGAAAAUUUGCCUUGAUAUUCUUCAGGUAUCAAAUUAAGCAAGUAUAUUGGUUUUCGGUUAAACCAUUUGCUCUUAACAGCAUAAGAAUAAGAUUGGGAAAAGAAACCUCUACUUGGUUCCGUCAUAUUCAAGUGUUUGAACCUACUGCCUUGGUGGAUAUUGGAAUUGUAACAUAGUUUUAUUUUUCGUAGGGAAGCUUUACUACUGAACCAAGGGAUCAUUGGUCAUGAGUUGGGAAGGAUCUCUCAGUGGUUCCUUGAGCUCCCUAAGAAUUAGUUCUCUUCAAUGCCAUUCAAGUAGAAUUCAAUAGAAAACCUUCUCAUCAGUAAGUAGAAAUUUGGGGAUUUGGUAUAUGCAAAUGAAGAGAGGGCUUAUAAAGGGAAUUGUCCAGU